GCGAAAAGUCCAAGAUGUUGGAGUCGGUCUCUAUUUGUUGUGGUUUCGGCUCCACUGUGGGAAUCGGCCUCUCCUCAUCCUGCCCACGGAACAGUGAGUGGCAGUCAGCGCCUCACCGCACCGGCUCUCUGCCUCAGUUUUCACCAUAUGUUAAUGUGAAGAGUGAACAGUAAAUGGUUAAUCUUACUGCGAUCUGGUUCUCAUUGACUGUGGUUUAUCUCGACGUUGAAUUCGACGUUAUCAGUUACACGCGAAGGAGAACGUUACAGUGAAAAAGCGGCAUUAUCAGGUGUUUCAAGUGCUGCAAUGUCAGCUCGAUCCAGCAUCAAGUCGAUGGCGCCCAGCGACAAGGGCGGUAAACCGACAUCAAGUAAGUCCACCCAGGCAAGAGCCAAGGCAGAAGCCGCCAAGGUGCGACUGCGUUACGCCAGACAAGAAGCAGUUUUGAAAAUGAAACAGGCCACCAGAGAAGCCGAAAUCCAGAAAGAAAAGGCUGCCAGAGAAGCCGAAAGGGCCACCCGAGAAGCCGAAAUCCAGAAAAAAAAGGCUGCCAGAGAAGCCGAAAGGGCCGCCAGAGAAGCCAAAAUCCAGAAAGAAAAGGCUGCCAGAGAAGCCGAAAGGGCCGCCAGAGAAGCCGAAACCCAGUUGGAAAUGGCAAAAAUAUCGACAGAGUUGCAAGUGCUGCAGCUAGAAAGGGAAGAAGAAGCUGCCAUGGCGGAAGCAGAGUACAUAGAAGAACCUGAAGGGUCGCAUGAUCUGACCGAAGUAACAUCUACUUUAGACAGGACCAGACUGGAACGCACAAGCGACUAUGUACAAUAUCAAAUAGAUAGGCAGGCUCGUCUCCCCUCUCCAUACGUAUUCGAUAACUUCCCCAGCUACGAGGAACCUCAGAGAGUCACGAUUGCAUCACAUCCAUACGAGGAAGAAAAUUUACCCUCGCGGCUUCGUGAUGAAGUCAAGAAUGAAAGAACCGACAACGCUCCUUCACCCCCACAACAGGACGGCGGGGAGGGAGAGGCUCACUCCAGGACAACAAUUGUCAGCUCGAACUGUACAGAAGUUUGCGGUCAAACUCAGUCAAGCCGUUCUUGUUCCAAGAUCUGCCUCACUAAGGUGUACCCUAAAGAAGCACAACAAGACAUUACCAAGCGUAAAGUAACCGACUAGACGCUAGGUCAGUCAGUUUUCGUUCAAACCGAGCACGGAAACAAACUUGCACAAUCAGCUCAAGAUACCAUUUCUUUAAAACCCAAAGACACCAAGGUCUUCAGAGAUGAAGCAAAUAAUGGGGUUGCCCCAUUGCCUUUCAGAGAACCACGCCAGCGCUCACCAGAUAACAAAGAGCAGGCAGUCAAACGGUUCACGUCCUUACGGAAAACCCGGAAAAGGAAACCUGAGAUGCAGCAACGCACCCGAUUGGCCCACGAGGUACUGUGCACCCUAAUGGCAGAGGUCACAGCCAUUAUAAACGCACAAUCACUCCUACCUGUGUCUUCUGACCCAGAAAACCCCUUCAUGCUUUCGCCAUCAACGCUCCUUACGCAGAAGGCAGGAGCUCCCCCUCCACCAGGAGACUUCUCAGACAAGGAUUUGUACACAAAGCAAUGGAGACAAGUCCAGGCUCUGGCAAAUCAGUUCUGGUCUCGCUGGAGACAAAAAUAUCUACCUUUGUUGCAACAGAGACAAAAGUGGACAGAACCCCGCAGGAAUCUUCAAGUUGGAGACUUAGUCCUGCUCAGGGACAAGCAAAUCGCCCGCAACAGCUGGCCAACGGCCAGAAUCACUGCUACAUUCCCUAGCGAGGAUGGACAUGUCAGGAAGAUCGAAUUGAAGACUACCGAACAAAGCGAUGUGAAAAUUUACCAAAGGCCAGUUACAGAAGUUAUUCUACUUCUACCCAAUGACUGAUUAAGAGACUAAGUUUGUACUCUGCUCAUUGUGACCUUACGAAUGUCAAGCGGGGAGUGUGCUGUCUUUACGACAGUUAUUUAGUUUAUAAUAUUUUCGCUUAGUAAUUCAUUCGAUAGUGUUUUCUAGUUAGAAUUAGAAGUGUUCAAAGUAUAUUCAUUGCAUGUAAAAAAUAUCGGCAUGCGAUCCGGUUUCGCCGCGUCUUGUGGGAAAGUACCGGUUUGAAAUUAACGCGAGGGUGGGGGCUCACCACGAGGCACACCUGAGCAGAAGUUGUUUUGCAGGCAUGAGAAAUCACAGUGAGAGCAACGCUGUAAGUUAAUAGAUAAUCGAUAUAUUGAACUGAUGUUAAUGCCGAUCCUGUUAGAAGUAACGACGGUCGAUAAUGUUUAUGCUUUCGUUAGUUAAAGAGUUGCGGAUAGUUUACAUGGAAGUGUAUUUAAAGUAGUCAAUGGAGCAGGUAAACUCUCCCUGUAUACUGCACCUUAGUGUAAUGUAGUUAUA